AGUUCGCCACUUCUAUUUUAAGAAGCAUGAAGUUGGCUUUGGAGAAAUUUUUUUACCGUGAUUUCCUUAAUCCACAGUGUUGCCUUUCAGGAGUUUAAAAUAAUUUAAUUUGUCGUUCAAUAUUACGUAUUUUUCAGUGGGUCACUUCCUUUUACAGUUUUUUCUUAUUUGGCUUUGCGGUAGUAAAAUCACACACACACACACACACAAAAUCUGGGCAUGACUUUGUAAACGGGACUGUUACUAGGUGAAGUUUGCAGUUUUUAAAUUGUCGCUGUGGACUUCCGUAAAAUAAUGGUGUGGAUAAGAUAACUGUUGUAAGGCAUAGUGUACAACUAUAUCCCCAGCGAGCAAACAUUUACGUCAUCUACAUCGUAUACUGUGCGCCACUACCUCAUAAAAAGCGACAAUUUCCCGCUUUGAGCAAUUAAGAUCUUGCUGCUGAGUGGUGUAUAAAAACAAGCUUGACAUGUCUGGUUCUGGUCUUCAUAACUCUGUCAUUAAAAUUGAUCUGAAUUCCCUGAGAGAUGUUGGCAUGGAUAGAGUUCACAUGUUACCCUUUGAAGUGGAGCACAAUGGUGAAGCCAAUAUUGACCAGUACUUUACACCUACCAUUCAAACAAAGAAUUCAGAGAUGUUGGUAUCAUUCCGUGGACGAAGUUUAAAAGGUGAAGAGGUCACUAUACCUAAAGGAUAUGUUGGUCUGGUUUUGAAAGAGGAUCAUAAGCCAUAUUCUGAAGAGGAGGAUAGAACAGUGAGGAUUAAAUCAACUUUUUCAACCUUUACCCGAUGGAACCUUGAGACUUCACCUAACCCUGAUGAUAGUGUUAUGAUGGCACUAGCAUGGCCUGAACUUGCAGAAGCUAUUCAUACACCAGUUGAGGACAGCUGAGGCUUUUUGAACAUCUGUAAUAGAUUUCAUUUAUUGCCCGUGUCAGUCCGGCGUUACUACUGCAAUGCUGGGCUUUAUGAAGAUGUGGAUUAACUUUUCUGUUGCUUCCAGUAUAAGUGCAAGGCUGCCCCAGGCAUGCAUCUUCCUACAUCAUUCAAAUGGAGAAAACUCUUACUGAUGAACUGACUUUGGACAUCUGGUUUGGGCAGCCUGUGUGAAAUGAUAAAACGUAUCAUGGACGUUAACCAGUAAAAAAGCGCUUACAAAAGUAUUUCUUCCUCAGAGAUUUUCUUUUAGUGUGUAGGUUUUUUUAACUUUGGCUUCUUAUAUAUUAUUGCUGUUCAAUGUUCUUAAGUUUGCCUGCCCCCCACCCCAAUACUACAGAAUGUUUUCCCUGUGCUACCACUGCUUUUGUUUAAGUGAAGAAAAAUUAUUUUCUUGAAAAGAUGGUUCAUUUAGUUACAUGACCUAAUUUUCAUAUCCACAGUGAUGCAUAUAAGGCGGCACAUAUGGCCAGUUGAAUUUUUCAGAUGUUUAUUUUGUUUUCUUUUUUAAUUAAAGAGAUAUUUUGACAUGU